AUGUCAGAGACAGCUCAAGUUAGCUCUUUACCUCUGCCUCCAAUGCAAUAUAUAAAUUUUUACACGGAUGAAAAUGUUAGAAGAAAUAGAGCUCCUCUACCACCUCGACCUAUUCAUGAUUCUUAUUCAAUGUUUGGUAAUUCUUUUAACGCUGAUGAUGCUAUUAUACGUUCGUUAGAAAGCCAGGGAUUUCGAAGAUUGUAUCCUAUGCAUUUUGAACGAAGAAGAGAAUUGAAGAAACUUAACCAUUCACUGCUGGCAAAUUUUCUGGAUUUGUUGGAUUUGCUUGUUCAUUGUCCAGAUUCUCCAAAGAGAGCAGAAAAAGUAGAAGACCUAAGUUUGUUAUUUAUUCAUAUACAUCAUCUUCUAAAUGAAUUUAGGCCACACCAAGCAAGAGAAACAUUGAGAGUAAUGAUGGAAUUGCAGAAAAGACAGAGGGUUGAAACUGCAGCAAGAUUCAAGAAACACUUAGACAAGGUACAGGAUAUUUUACAGAAUGCUCUCCAAAGCUUACCAGAUCAAAAUGAAUUGGAAUCAAAUUUCAAAGUGCCAAAUGAAUUGUUGGACCAAAUGGAAAAUAAUACUUGCAAUAUUCAAAAGGCUGAUCCCUGCUUUGAAUUAGAUAGAAUUAUGUGCAAUGUAGUUGAUAAUAUGAGAUAGUAUUUAUGUGAAUUAUGGCUGACUGCUAAAAUCCAUUACUCAAUAAACAACUCCAAUACUUAGGAUUUAGAUUUAUGUGAGGCAAUUGUACUAACAAUUAUUAUAUUAAAAGUAUUGUAACCAUCUA